CGGACGUUAUUGAUUCGUGACGGUGACGGCGUCGGCGGCUGUCAAAUUUCUCUCUCUAUCUCUCGCGUGGUUUUUCUCUCUCUAGAAUCUUUUUGUGGCCUCUGAGAGACCCUUUGGGAAUCCAUAAAACCCUAAAUUUUGUUCUUCCUCUCUUCGCAAUCUCCACACAGCAGAUUUAUGGAUAACAGGUGCAAAUUUGGUUCACUGCAACACUCUUCCGCCGCUGAAUUCUUCAACCGACAAGUCUUUGGUUUCGUGGCUCUGUCGCUUUUUCAACCCUUCGAUAGAUUCAUUCCUUGGCUGCGCUUUCUGGCUCCCAAAUAACAUUCAAGCUACCUUCUUUCUCCUAUUAGUUUCUUCUGAAAGGCAAAAAAACGUGCUUACAGUUAUUGACUUGGACCUUUUGCAAGCAACAUCUCCAGAUAUAGGAUUUCUGGGUUCUUCCACAUCUGCAUAAGUCUUCAGAGAGAGAGAUUGCAAAGUGAUUUGAGACCAGAUUAUGGUGUAAGGACCAAGAUGAGCAUUUCAGCACGGUCUUCCCUUAAGAAGAUGUCGCGGGCUAAGGGUCAAUCCUCUGGUUGGACAGCUUUUGAUCUCAAGCAGAGAAAGAACAAUUAUCUUGAAUCUGAAGUUGAGAAGGACCCUUUCCCAGCUAUAGGCACUUUUGAUCCUAUAGUCAAGAAGAAGCAUGUUCCUGCAAAGCCUUUCUCUUCAGUACUUCUCCCAACUAAAAAUUUCCCCCCUUUGAAAGCGAGUGGGAAUAGCAUAAACACAAAGCUAGUUUCUGAUUUUGAUGGAAAAUAUCGUGGGGCCACUGCUCAGGAAGAUGUUAAUUUAGCUAUUAAAAAGCUCAAAGAGCAGCAUAUUUGGGCUGAAAAUAGCUUGAUAGAUGAUAUCUUGGAUGCUGUUAAUAACAAUAUUGAUAAGGCCUCAGCUUUAUUGAAAACAAUGGCCUCUACUGUGAAUUUUGAAGAAUGCAUAGUAUCAAGUGAUCCUAGAUCAACUACUUCAGAUGAUACUCCUUGUAAGGACAAGACUGAUGAAAGUCUUACUUUAGAAAAGGUUGAGGAUGACAUUUUCUUCCAUUCUAAUCUUGCUGAUCAUUUCCAAGACAAUGAUAAAGACUUGGAGGAUAAAAAUGCUUCCUCAGGUCAUAAGCUUUCUGAUGUUGAUAACUUGAGAUGCAAAAUGAAUCUCUUGAAUUCUGUUCCUGUAGAGCCUGAAUGGGAGGAUGAUGAUAUUUACAUUAGUCAUCGAAAGGAUGCAUUGAAGACAAUGCGGUCAGCAUCGAGACAUUCUAGGGCAGCUUCUAGUGCUUUUCUAAGAGGUGAUCAUUUUUCUGCUCAAAAUCAUUCAACGAAAGCUCGGGCAGAAUGGUAUACUGCUGAAGAACUUAAUUCUGAUGCAGCCAAAAAAAUUUUGAGUAUCAGGAAUAAUGAAAAUGAUAUCUGGAGACUUGAUUUGCAUGGUCUUCAUGCUACAGAAGCUAUUCAAGCAUUGCAAGAACAUCUCUACAGAAUUGAAAGCCAACGUUUGUCAAAGAGUUCAGCCACAUCAAAUGGCGUGAAGGAAAAUGGGCUUGGACAUUCUACUCUUGGAUCUCUCAAUUUCAUGGACAGGGAAAAAUUGAAUAUACAAACACCAUUAAGGCUUAGAUCAUUAGCUUUACAUGUCAUAACAGGCGUUGGUAAUCACAGUCGGGGACAAGCCGCCCUUCCUACAGCUGUUAGAAGUUUCCUCAAUGAGAACAGGUACCGUUUUGAGGAGAUGAGACCGGGAGUAAUUACUGUGUGGCCAAAGUUUCGUCAAAAUUGAUUGUUGACCCCAAUAGAAACUUGUUCUUGUUUGAUCCAUCAUUAGGGCUCGAUUUUGUAUGUACCAUUGUUAGGGGCCAUAUAUUAUAUGUGCAUUUAGCAGUAGUGAGAUUUGAUUCCCGCAUAUAUUGGUCUCGCUGUUGAUGUGAAAUAAGACAUUUGAUUUACCUUGGCUUUGGAAAUGAAUUCAAAUGAAUUUAUUUAUUCGAGACAUCGUGAUUAGUU